UAUUGAACGACGAACGAAACCAAUCGAUAUCAUCCCUACCAAACCAGCUAACACUAAGAAUCAUGGAUCUAAGUCUGGAACGCGAUAGCUCCGCGCUGGGUAGUCUGUUUCAGCAGAUUAUCAAUGACAUGAAGAACACAUCGCCCCUGUGGGAGGAUUUUGUGGCUAAGGCCGGAAAACUGCACACUUGUUUGAGGGCCGCCAUCCAGGCAAUCGCCGCCUAUUUGGAUGCCUUCCAAAAGAUAGCCGAUGCGGCGACCAACUCAAGAGGCGCCUCCAAGGAGAUCGGCACCGCCCUGACCCGCGUUUGCCUCCGCCAUAAAGCGGUUGAGACACGUCUGAAGACUUUCACCAGCGCCAUCAUGGAUUGCCUGGUGCAGCCGCUGCAGGAAAGGAUCGAGGACUGGAAGCGCACGGUGGCCACCAUCGACAAAGACCAUGCCAAAGAGUACAAGCGCUGUCGCAGUGAGCUAAAGAAGCGCUCCAGCGACACGCUGCGCCUGCAGAAGAAGGCGCGCAAGGGCCAGACGGACGGAUUGCAGUCCCUGAUGGACUCGCACAUGCAGGAUGUCACCCUGCGCCGGGCGGAACUGGAGGAAGUCGAGAAGAAAUCCUUGAGGGCGGCCAUGGUGGAGGAGCGUCUGCGCUACUGCAGCUUCGUCCACAUGCUUCAGCCAGUGGUGCACGAGGAGUGCGAGGUCAUGUCAGAGUUGGGUCACCUACAGGAAGCCAUGCAGUCAAUUGCCCUAGUAACCAAGGAGCCCAGUGUUCUGCCCCAGGCCUCCGAGGAGCUAAUCCACGACGCUAAGGCCAGCAUUAAUCUGUACCCGGAGUCCCCGGGUGGCGGUUCCGGCUCGCAGGGCGGCGGCUGCUCCAACUCGCUGGGAUCCCGAAAGAGCUCCGUCUGCUCCAUCAGCAGUAUGAACAGCAGCGGCUCGAGCAACUCACCCGGCCACCACCACUAUCCGCGCUCCCUGUCGCAGACUUCGAAUGCAACGAACCAGACGGCAAAUGUCUCCACCUGGCCCCCACAUUCCCAGGAUGGCGUCGACACCCUGCCACCGACCGCUGACCGUCCGCACACGAUUUCGACGGCAUACGAAAAGGGUCACCAGCGUCCGCCGCUUACCGUCUACACGUUCCAAAACCCGGAGACCAUUCACGAGUCGGGCAGCUGCCUGAACAACGGAACCGCAGCCCCUAAUGGACAGCCGUUAUCCGGACAAGCCACUCCGGGCACCCAGAAAUCACCGGCUGCCUCACUUAGCCGGCCUCCCUUGCCAGUUCGCUGCUCGUCGUUGGAGCGACCCCUUUCGGCCCAGAGUAACCACCGCCAGGGUAGCGGGAAUAACCUGCUGCAGCGCCAGUGCCCCUCGCCGAUUCCGGCUCAUAUCACGAAAGAGCUGUCCGCAGCGCAUCAUGCACAGCAGCAGCAGCAGCAAAAUCAGCAGCCCCAGACGCCGCCCACCUAUGUGAACAUGUCGGAGCUGGCCACCAUGGCCGCUUUGAAGCAGACCAACCAGCAGCAAAAGCCCUCUACGCCGCCUCUGCAGCAGCAGAGCUCCAUUGACUCGACCAGCUCCCAGCAUUCCAACGACUCCACCGGCUCGCAUCAGCUCCUCCAGCAGCAGCAUCAUCAAUCGCAGCAGAAUCACCACUCAGCCACUGCCACACGCUCCCAUUCCAUAUCCUCGACGGCCUCGUCACUUCACUCGCAUCCGUCGAUCGACUCCACCGUCGCUUGCGGCUCGCUGGUGGGCCAGCACAACCACAGCACCAGCACCAACACGAACACCACCUCGCCGUCCAGUGGCAGCUCCACGCCACAGAACCAUUACUCGCCCCUGCUAACCAACUCCCCCACGUCCACUGCCGCAGGUACUCCCAGUGGCAGCAGCUUAGGUCCUGGGUCCGGUUUGGGAUUUGUCUACCAGGUCAGCUCCCCGACACCUCCCUCCAGCGAGGUGCUGAAGAUCACCGAGCAGGCCGCAGCAGGACAGGAUCAGGGUCCAGCCAACAGCGUAGCGGACGAGACGGAUGAGCGAUCAAGGGCCUCUGUCCUGCAGAAGGCUUCAAUGUUCGAAAAGGCGGCAGCAGCGGCAGCGGUCUCGCCUCCAGCUCCCAUUCAGAUUGCAUCCGGUUCCCCAGCUUCGGGAGGCGGAACUCGACGAUCCGAGGCGGAGCAGCAGGAAAUGGACAAGUCUUUCGAAGAUUCAAUACAAGCACUAAACAAUUUAAUUGGCGAACUAGACUCGUUCCAACGCGAGAUCGAUGAGGGCAAGGUCAAGCCGCCGAGCAACAUCAUAAGCGGCAGCACCACCAGCAGCAACAACAACAAUACGACGACCAGCAGCAUCAGCAGCAGCGACAACAACAACCUGCCCGCCACCAGCAACAUCGAGCCCUGCGCCAUCAGCAAUCAGACGAACUCGAGCGGCUGUGGAACGGACAUAUCCGACACCACGUCCGACGAACUGGCCGGCGACGAUAUGGACGUCAGGCGGCGGGAUCGGGAUCGGGACCGGGAUCUGCUGGGCGCCAGCGAUUCGGAGCUGAGUCGCUGCUAUGUGAGCGAGACGAGUUCGCUGACCGGUGGCCUAACGGCCGGCGGUUACGAGAAUCCCACUUUCGCGCACUUCGCGGCCAAUGCGAAUCGGGAGGACGCUGUUUCGCUGGCCUCCGACAGCGUUUGUCUCGGCCAGCCGCGCCACGCCUAUGUGGAUACCUGCAGCGACAGCGGCAGUGCCGUGGUGGUAAUCUACGACCACCAGAUUCCCAACACGCCCGACAUUGAGUUUGUGAAGCAGAACUCCGAGAUUGUAGUGCUGCGGACCAAGGAUCCGCAGCCACACGCGCUGCAGCUGCACGAGAUGCGCGAGCUGCAGCAGUUGCCCGCCAAUUUGGCCGGUUCGCCGGACUCCUCGCCGGACUCUGCCGGUGGCCAGCCACCGCCAACAGCAACUGUGGCGCCCGCCAAGCAGCGACUCUCCUCGUUUCGCGCCACCAGUGAGCAGCAGUUGCAGCUCCUCGGACGCGGCAGCCCGCAAAGAGGUAAAACACCCAGUGAGCAGGCGGUACAGAGCAGGCCACAGGACCAGCAUUUUCCACAGACACAACAGCAGGAUAUUGACGGCAGUAGCCCACCAGUAGAACUUGCAAGGCGCCAGCUGCCCCCCAAGCCCACCAGCUUGAGUAUUUUUAACGGCCCCGUGCCCACUGCGGGCGAUAGGCCUGUCGUGCCGAGAAAGUCGGACUUUAAGGCCGAUCUAGAUGCUAAAAUACGCAGGCAAAAGCUGAAGGUUAAACAGCAGUUGCAGCAGCAGCAGCAGCAAGAAACGCAGCAGCAGCAGCAAGCACCACAAGAACAGCAACACUCACCACAGUCGCCCCCAACCAGAAACUGUAAUGUCACUAAUCAACAAGCCGCCAAUAUUACUGCAUCUGCAUCAGAAUCAGCAUCUGCAUUUGCAACCGCAACAGCAUCCACAGACCCGUACCCGAAUCCAAAUCAUAGAAUGCCAAACCAAAGUCAGACAGCCACAUCCAAUCACACGCAGUGCAAGACGCCCACAAUGGCAUUGUCACCGUCAUCACCUCGCGGCCAUUUGCCAUUAUCAUCGUCAUCGCUAUCGUCAUUACCAUUACCAGCCACCACUUCAUCACCAUCAAAUGCCCGGCCAUCGAUGUUGCCCGCCAGUGACCGACCACCCGCCCAUCCAUAUGUGUGCUCCAAUGCCCCAGCCAAUCCCCACCACGCCAAUAGCAUUUCCAAUGCCAAUGCCCAUCUCAAGCCGUGCAUUACGCCCCGGCCGGCUUCUUUGUCGGGAGGAGCAGCCGGCGGUGGCUCCACGCGCAUCGGGCGUCGCUCGUCUAUCAAUCAGGCCAAGCCACCGCCGCCAGUCAGACGCAGUUCGUCGGUGACCCCCAGUCCCAAUGCCUCGGUCGGGCUGCAGCAGCAACCACAGCACGCGACUCUGUCGCAGCAGAAUCACCAACUAAGCAGCUCCAGCGAGCACUUACCGCCGCCACCGCCAUUCAUGCUGGACGCCAUGCCCCAGAUUCCCAGCUCAGCGCUGAAAGUAUCGGAGACGGUAAGAGCCCUGGCAGCCAUGCGGCACCAGCCAGCAUCACCUGUGUCCCUCAGACGCAUGCAGCAGCAACAGCAGCAGCAGCAGCUUCAGCAGCAACAGGUGCAGCAGCAGCAACCCCUAUUGCAGUCUGCGCACAACUCCCCCCUCAAUGAGGACCUGACAGUAUACUACGACUCCUACUUGGAUCUGCACGCCUAUGCCCAGGCAUUGGCCAGCGGCCAACAGCCCGGCGGUCAGCAGAUGGCCAACCAGCAACGCUUUACCCACCAGCAGCAACAUCAGCAUCUGCAUCAGCCACAGCCACCGCCCGUCUACCAAGUCGAUGCCACGUUCCGCACCUCAUCACCAGCCGCGGGCGGAGGGGGUGGCGGCGGCAUAUACGCCCAGCCCAAACUGGUCAACAGCAUGUCCAGCUUCCGCACCAGCAGCCCCAGUCCCAACGGACAUGCUCACCCACUGCCACCGACACAGCCAAAGGCGAAUCCGAACCUAAUUGCACAGCUCAAUGCACGACUCAGCGGCAAACAGCAGCAGCAGCACGUCGAGGGGAUCUACGGCAACCAGCAGGCGCCCGGAGGAGAGUCGAUCUACAUGCGGAGUGGCCUGUCCAUGUCGCAGCCGCAACAGCAGCAACACUAUGACGGUAAAUCUGAACAAAUCCAGCUGCAGCACCAGCAACAGCAUAGAAUUUACGCUAGUUUCGGCACCUCAUCAUCAGCAAUGUCAUCGGCUCAUGCGGCCAACAGCAGCACUAAACCGUCCAUUCUAACACCGACCACCUCUUUCAAUGCAUUGCCUCACUUUCCCCUGUCUUCAUCCACAUCAUCGUUGCUCUCCAAAGUCAGCUCAUUCUCGAACUCUUCAUCCGCAUCCGCAUCCCCACCGACAACGGCAGCGGCCCCUGGCUCGGCCAAUUCGCAUUAUCAGCCACCUCAGCCGCCGAAUGCAGCAGUUGCUAACAGCAAAGACAUGGCCAUCUACUCAAGUUCGUUUACCAAAAAUCCAGCAGCUGCGCAAUCGCCGAACAUGAGACAGGCUCAUUCCCAUCAGCACCACCAGCCGCCGCAGCAGCAGCACUACACCUGUCCGCCUCCUCUGGAGGAUCCCCCACCGCCGCCCAUUUACGCCGCCGGUGCAUCGGCCACGAUGCCAAAGAAGAUGGCCCGUCCGCCCACUGGCCAGAACGCGUCUCACUCGAGCGCCUAUGCAGCAGCCUCGUCCACGGCCACGCUGCCCAAGAAUAUGAUGCAGCAGCAGCAGCAGCGGUUGCAGCAGCAGCAGUAUCAACAGCCGGCAGGCAUGGGCAUUGGCAACGGCAAUGGGCACUUAGGUCAGCGUCCGCAGUUGCCGCUGCCCCAGCAGAAGCUUAGAGCUGCACAGCAGCAGCACUUGGCGGAGCAGCAGCAACACCAGCAACAUCAGCUGCAGCAGCAGCAUCAGCAACAACAGCAGCACCAGCAACACCAACAACACCAGCAACGCCAGCCGCCCAUUCCUUCACGCCACUCAAGUGUGCAGCAAAAGAUAUUCGUCUCCACGAAUCCAUUCAUACAGACAACGGCCGUCAAGUUUCACUCGCCCUCGGCCUCGCCCACGUGCGGCUCGCCCGUUACUGGGUCCUUGGCCAGCAUUUAUGCCACAACCUCGCGUGGCGGCCACCAUCACCAGCAGCAGCAGGCUCAGCAGCAGCAGCAGCACUACUAUCGCGAUGCUGCCGGGGGCAACAGCAACGGCGGCGCUGCCUACUAUAACCACAAUGCCCAUGCCCAUUCCCAGGCACAUCAUCCAAACUAUGCCACAAGCACAAAUAUCGAAAAGACUGGCAGUAUUCGGGCCAAGACCAAGGCCGAAUUCCUCGAGAAUCUCAACGCGAAGCUGGCGAAGCAGGGAAUGUCUGGACGAGCAUUUGCCGUGCGAAAUCUCAUCAACAGCAAGGCCCUGAUGUAUCAAAAUCCGCAAAAACUAUCGCGACCCAGUGCGCAAUACCGUAGACCACCCACCUAUCCCAACACCAGCACAACCACCAAUGCCACUUGCGAAGAUCAGUGCUAAGUGCUAAGCCGGACCCUCGCAUCUGUCACGAAUCGCUGAUGGAUCAAAUCAAGCGCGGAGCCACCUUAAAGCGUAACCAGAAGAUCAACGAUCGCAGCGCUCCCAAGAUACAUUGAAUUAACCUAUAGGCUAAGCGAAGCAGCAUAUUUAUUACCAUUAUAAUUAAUCUAUGAAUAAUCAUGAGGCCCGACGCCUGCUCGAUUGCAGGGCUCCGCAGAGUUUGGUUUGAAACUGAAAACUCGAAACACAGCAUACAACUUAAAUACAUAUGAUUACGAUAUACAAUAUAUUCGAUAUACGAUAUUUAACAGGAGCAUUAAGCUUAACUCGAACUAAUCAAUACCUUUCUUGAUUUCCUGUAUCCCAAAAAUGUGUCGAAAGGCUUUCUCUGUUAAGUGAAUACAAUAUGGAAGACAGUUAGCACUCGUAUGUUUAUCUGCAACUCGAAUUUAUCUUUAGAGAACUUCUGUUUGAAGAUAUUUUAUGUUUAUGUAUUUCCUGUAUUUAUAAUUUCCCUUGCUUAUUUAUGUACAUACAUAUGAAUAUGAGUUUAACAAACACUCGAAACUAAUCUGACGCCUAAUAAAUGGAAUUUAUCGUACAUGUUUUGAGUAUUUUUUACUUUUGUAAUUUUUUUUUUUUUUUGUAAACUGUCAACUUCAAGUCAAUUGGGCCAUGUCUGAGCGUAAUUUCAAAUAUAACCCAUAAAACAUUGUAUUGAAUAAAUAGAGUUAACGCGUUAACAAAAUACUCGGUAUCCCACUGUAACUUUACAAGAAUCUACAAAGAAGUAACGCAAUUGGAUCUGCUGUUAAGAACUAUAACUAUCUACUGCCAAGCGGAAAGGGGAACGUUGGAGAUCAGUCUUCCCCAGAAUAUUUCGCACCUACUUGAAGUGCUAUAUGAACAUGUUCAUAUCAUAUCAUUUCCAUUGGACUGAAUCUUUUAUUGCCAUUUUAAAUGCAUCCCGAGUGAAUCCCGUCUCACAAUGUUAAAUACUAUCAAUAUCAUUUGUAUUCAUAUCAGUUCAUCAAACGUAGAACAAAAUGCAAUUUUUUAGCUCCAGACCUUGGUUGUUUUACACUUUAACUUCAACGGAGAUCUGAUUGUAGCAUGCCCAUAAGGUAAACAUAUUUCCUAUCCCUCGAAUUCGAACCUUUUAAUACCUACAAGCGUACUACUUAUAGUUGAUAGACUUUUUAAAUAUUUACAAAAUAUUUUGUAUAUAGGCUUUUCAAGGCUUCACCAAUAAUCGAUGAAUAUUGGCAAACUCGUAACCAAAAACGUGGCAAUAAUUAAGCUAUGACACUCUAUUAGAGUUUAGAAUAGACUCCAGAGAGAAUAUACAAGUUCGAGUCGAAAGAAAUACAUAUAUUUUUUUGGGCGAUCCAUUUUAUAUUCACCACAUAGCAGUGCGAAAUCACGAACGUUAAUAAACUUAGCCAUAUGCAACAAUUAUUUACACAUCUAAAUGUUAAUCCUAAAUCCAGAAGUGGAUCUGUGUUAACUGCAGAUCGAAGAAACCAAACCGAUGUAACCUAACAAAUCAAAGUUGUAAUGCGUAUUUUUGAAUUCAUUUGCAUUUAGACGCGAGAAACAAUAAUAAAAUAAAUGUAAACGCAUUGAAUGUAAA